AUCAUACAAAAAAGUACUGUAAAACAUUACGAUCAAAAAAUGGAUAACUUUUUAUCUAACACACCAGAGAUACUUCACUUCGAGAAAAAGUUUUGCGAAAUAAUUUACGAGAUUCAACGGUGCAGGAGAGAGUUAGAUAAAUUAGAGAAGGACCAUUUGUUAGUACGCGAAGAGCUAUGCUCGAAGGACGCACUUUUGCAGAAUGAACGAAAAACAUCGAACGAAUUACGAAUUCGAUUGAAAUCAGCAGCAGAGACGAUCAGUUCUUUAGAAGAAGAGAAAAUGCGUGAUAAAAUUUAUUAUUCGAAUCUGUCGAUGAAUCACGACAGCUUGCUGAAAGAACGUGACAUUUUGUCUAAGGAAAUUCUGUCAAGUCAAACGGAAGCUGCGAAGUCCAAAAUUAAAAUAGAGAGUUUAGAGAAUACGCUUCAGCGGGAAAUACAUCGGAAAGAGGUGUUAGAAAAGGCGUUAAUAGAAUUGAAGAAUGACAAUGAAAAAAUUAUAGCAGGCAUUGAUAUAAAUAUCACUAAACUUUCGAAAGAACAGAAAUACUUGACAGAGAGUGCAAAGGUUGUAAUUCAGUUAAAUAAACGAUUGCAAACGUUCGGUCUCUGCUUUCAUGCGAUUCAUGAAAAAAACAGAAACGAGAUAAAGGAUUUACAGCAUAAAUUAGCAGCGUUUUCAAUGAACGAUUCAAUGCAAUCAGCUAAUCACACCAAAUUACAUCCAGAAUUAGAUAAUUUAUGUUUCAAGUUGAAAGAUACAUUGAUGGAGCUAAAAUCAAGAAUGCAGGAUUCCGUAACAUUUGAAGAAAAAUUGAACAAGUUCUUUGAAGAAUUUUUUUGCAGAUACAACAACGAAUAUUAAAAAUCGACAGUAAUCAAUAAUUAAUUGAAGCAGUUCGAUGAUUGUUAUCAACAUUUAUUUUUAUUUUCGAUACAUCUAACAAAUAUUUCGACUCGACGAAAUAAAAUUACAUUGUUUAUAAAAUGUUUAAAAAAAUUAUUAAUAAUUUUGUAUAUACAGCAUCAUCCAGUUUUUGCGACAAGAUUAUAGGAAAGUAACAACUAUUAUUUCGUUGCAUUUUUCUUGAAUUUAUUUUUCUAUAAAUUAAAGUCGACAGUUUAAUCGUAUGCGAUUUAUAGCUUCAGCUUAAAUGUAAAAAACAUUCGUUUAAAAAAAUUACGCAUCUUCUUCAGGCGCAUAUUUACCUAGUUUAAAAGAUCAUUAAUCAGUUGCUAAUAUUGGCGUUAGUAGUUAUAAAUAAUAUAUGAAUAAAACAUUAAUAGAAUUAUAACAUUAAUUGAGUCUAACUGAUAACAUGUAUGAUGACGAUAAUGAAAAUCACAAUACAACUUGGUCGUUCGACAUUAAGGAAAGGCGGGUUUCAACAAUAAAAAUAGACGAAUAGGAUUAAUAUAAAAUGUAUUAUAAUAAUCAUAUAAUUAAGUGUAAGUGGAAACGGAUCGGAAUCCCUUUUCCUCGUUCACAAAAAAAGAGAACCCUCCGUUUCUUAAAAAAAAAAAAAAAAAAA